AUGGAUUUAAAUAUUUGGCUUAAGUACAAUAGCCGUCUACCUGGAUAUUCUGUACAGAUACCUUCGUUUAUUUCGGAUAACUUCAAGAGUGCCAAGAUUGUUGGUGGAAGAGAUGCUCGUAUCGAAGAAUUUCCCUAUCAAUUAUCAUUACGUCGCAGUAAUGUGCAUGCCUGCGGGGCAUCGGUUAUUGCUUUGAGAUGGGCGCUUUCAGCCGCACAUUGUACUUACCCACAGCCAGAUCUCAACACGUUGACGCUGCGUGCUGGAAGCGAAAAUCGUUUAUUCGGAGGAACUAUCUACAAUGUAGUGCAAAUCCAUACUCAUCCUAGAUAUAGCGACUACACGAUGGAAUACGACGUUAGUGUUUUACUAGCAGGAGCAGAUUUUGUCGGUCAGUUUAUAACCGCCGUAGUGCUACCGCCAGCAACUAGCGGAUUCGCUCCAGGAACCAUGGCCAACGCUACCGGAUGGGGUCUGCAAAGCGUUCCUAACUCUCUACCGAUACAACUGCAGUGGGUAAGCCUUCCGUUGAUUAGCAACGAAGAAUGUCGCACACACUGGCCAUCUGACUGGAUAACCGAAGACAUGCUGUGUGCUAGUCAAUCCGGUCGCGACACGUGCAACGGAGAUAGCGGUGGUCCACUGGUCAUAAACGGAUACCAGAUGGGUGUUUCCUCUUGGGGUACAUCAGAUUGCACCGGUAAUUUACCAGCUAUUUUCGCGAGCACCGCACAUCCAAAUAUACGCAACUUUAUACAGCAAUACUCGGGGGUGUAA